UUGAAAAGAAAAUGCAGGUCAUUGAUGAAAAGUUCCAGGGUUUGGUACUGGACGUUCUUUGUGUGAAUAUUCCCUAUUUAAAACCCCGGGUCCCCAUUCCUACACACUUCACCCCCUGGCUCAUUCACUGUUGUACCUAACAAGAAAAAAAAAUGGCAGAAGAAUUUUUGGAACUGUAAGUAUUUCUAUGUUACAUUUUGAUAAUUAUUGUGAAAGUAAUUUCAUCAUCACAAAAUGUUUUCUGACUAUCAUUUCACAUGAAUCCUUAUGACACUAAGACUAGUGUAAAAUGACAGUCCUAAAAGCAUUUUUCAUUAUGGAUUUCAGCCAAGACAUGAUUGAGGAAUUUUCCCCAGUCUCCCCCAACUAUUCGGACAUCACAGAUUGGGAUACAGAUGAUAUUGAUGACAGCCUUCUGUUGGAAGCUGUUGAGGGCAUGAGCACCUCUGUGGAUGAUGAUGACUGUGUCAUCACAGGGGUGGAAAUGCCUUCUACCCUAUCUGUUGCCAGUGAUGCCACCAACAUCAGUGACACCACCACUGAGGGGGCAUCCUCCCCCACCUCCUCCUCUCUAACAGAAGUCAUCCAGGCACAUAUAGAGUGGAGAAGAGGGGGAGGUGGAAAAUCGAAUAUGCGCUCUUCAACAUGAAGAGUCCUUAUUGGACAUUUUAGAGAUAAUUAUUAGAGAAUAUUAGGUUUUUGUAGUGUUAGUUAGUGUUAGUUUUGUAUUAUGUUUAAUUUGUUAUCUUUGUGUAUAUAUUGUUAA